AUGAAAGAAGCUGGGGUUAUACCGGAUGUUGUCACGUAUAAUUCUUUGAUAGCUGGUGCGACCAAGCACGGCUUGUUAUCUCGGUGCCUUGAUCUGUUCGAAGAGAUGCUAGAUUUGGGCAUUUUUCCCGAUGUUUGGAGCUACAACACUCUGAUGCAUUGCUUCUUCAAGUCUGGAAAACCAGACGAGGGCUACAGGGUUUUCCGGGACAUUCUUUUACAAGGGAUUCCCCCUUGUCCUACCACGUUUAAUAUCCUAAUCAACGGUCUCUGCAAAAAUGGGUAUACGGAGAAUGCUAUGAUGCUAUUUAGGUACUUAAAGCGUCAUGCUUUUGCUCCUCAGUUGGUAACAUACAAUAUUCUCAUCCACGGGCUUUGCAAGUCGGGGCGGCCAGCACCUGCAAGAAGGCUUCUGAAAGAGCUCGUGGAAACAGGUCAUAUCCCGGACACUCUUGCUUUGUCGAAAAAUCACUUUCAAGCUGUAAAUUUGCCAUAUCAAGAAUGGGCAUCUGCUACUCUGCUAAAUUUGCCAUACUACUCUGCUGGUUAA